CCUGAAAGGUUUCCCUCCGCUUCCUGAAGACCUGAACACUGUUCCCAUACAGCCAUGGCUUGCUUUGGGUUCCGGAGGCACGGAGCUCAGAUGGAUCUGGCUUCUAGGACCUGGCCCUGCACUGCUCUGUUUUCUCUUCUCUUCAUCCCCGUCUUCUCCAAAGGGAUGCACGUGGCCCAGCCUGCAGUGGUGCUGGCCAGCAGCCGAGGUGUUGCAAGCUUUGUGUGUGAGUAUGGGUCUUCGGGCAAAGCCACUGAGGUCCGGGUGACAGUGCUACGGCAGGCUGGGAGCCAGAUGACUGAAGUCUGUGCUGCUACAUACAUGGUGGAGAGCGAGUUGACCUUCCUAGAUGAUUCCACCUGCAUUGGCACUUCCAGUGGAAACAAAGUGAACCUCACCAUCCAAGGGCUGAGAGCCAUGGACACGGGACUCUACAUCUGCAAGGUGGAGCUCAUGUACCCCCCUCCUUACUAUGUGGGCAUGGGCAAUGGAACCCAGAUUUAUGUCAUUGCUAAAGAGAAGAAGCCCUCUUACUACAGGGGUCUAUGUGAAAAUGCCCCCAACAGAGCCAGAAUGUGAAAAGCAAUUUCAGCCUUAUUUUAUUCCCAUCAAUUGAGAGACCAUUGUGAAGAAGAAAGACCAUUUUCCAACUUCUAAGCACUGAGACAAUUCUACCUUUGUGCUAUCCAGUUGUUUCUGUUUGUGUACUUUGGGAGGAUUCAUCUCUCUUUCAUGUAAAACUGGAUGCAGAACUCAAAUUAAGUGUACUACAACUCAAGGCAAAGGAGCAGGAAAACAGAGCCAGGGUGUUUCUAUCAUAUCACGUCGAAUUUUAGUAAAAGCAUCCCUUGGGAGCAAUAUGGGGCUGCAGCAUUAUGAUAUAGUAUCAAGGAAAUAAGUUAGGGAAUGGCACAGGCCAGGGAAAGCCCAGGAAGGGGUGAAGAAGAUUUACAUGAGAGACGUUUCUAGCUGAAAUGAUGUUUUCAAGUUAAACAUUUAUGCCGUGUUAUUUUUCUUAACAAGUGUAUAAUUAAAUGAGUACUUUAAAAAUACUCACAUGGCUAUAUUUUAGCCAGUGAUUCCAAGGGUUGUAUUGUACCAAUAUGUAUUUUUUAUUUGAUAGCAUUGUGCAUGGGGGCCACAUGUGCUUUUGUGUACUUGCUGAUAGUUGGAAUAUAAACACUAUAUGGCAGUGUGUUCCCACCAUGGGUUCAGAAGAAGUUUGGUGAAGGGGCUCAGGACACUAAUACACCAGGUGAAAUACAAGGUCACCUGCUAACUGGCUUGGAAACUGGAGGAGAUGGCAGAGUCUUGCAGACAUGUUGGGCUGAAUUGGUGUUGACAUGUGCUUUGGGUUUUUAUGCCAGCUCCUUUUCAUGGUGUUGAAGCCAAAGCUGGUGGGAUCUGAGUUAACUCAAUAGAACACCAUCGUUGUGAAAAUGCCUCAUUCUCGGUGUCCUAUCCUAUGGGUGUGAACUUCAAGGAAGCUCCAUUUACACAGGGCCCCAAUCCCUUCCACAUGGUUAAUGCCACAGACAGAAAGAAGAAACAGGCGGCAGAAUGGAGGUUUCUGAAAACUAACACUGUUGGUGUUUUUUAACUCACUAUUUUCCAUGAAAAUGCAACAACAUGUAUAAUAUUUUUAAUUAAAUAAAA